UUAGUUUUGAGAGAAGGAUUGAUUGGUUUUCAAGAAAUAUUCAUGGAAGCCAACGGUGCUCAGUGGGUGAGAGGUUCCAUUAUUGGGAGAGGCUCCUUCGGUUCUGUUUCUUUGGCUUAUCCCAAGAAGCCAUCGUCUGUUUUUCCUCCUGUUAUGGCCGUCAAGUCUGCAGAUGUUUCGGUUUCGGAUACCCUUCAGAAGGAGUUUGAAGUUCUCAACAAUCUCCAGGGGUCUCCUUAUGUCAUCUGCUGCCUUGGAGAAGAGACUACAAUGAGCGACAGUGGUGGUCAGAUGAUGUAUAAUUUGUUGUUGGAGUACGCGUCCGGUGGUUCCCUCGCCGAUCUCAUCGACAAAUCCAAUGGCGGAUUGCCUGAAGUGGACGUGAGGCGUUACACAAGACAGCUUCUUAAAGGACUUGAUCAUGUACACGAAUCCGGCUACGUUCACUGUGAUAUGAAGCCUGAUAAUGUCCUUCUUGUGCCCUCAAAUAGAAAUUGUGAUUCUGUUCCAAAGUUUGUGGCAAAGAUUGCUGAUUUCGGGUUGGCGAAGAGAGGGAGGAAAAGCAAGAGGACUAGGUAUGAUCGUUACUUGAGAGGCACGGCAAUGUAUAUGGCCCCAGAAGUGGUUCUUGAUCAUGUUCAGGAGGCUCCCGCGGAUAUUUGGGCUUUAGGGUGUGUUGUGUUGGAGAUGUUAACGGGGAAAUCGCCUUGGGAUUCCGAGUCUGAUUUCGCAAUGAAAGGUCUGUUUCGUAGGAUUGGUGAUUCGGGUGCACUGCCACAGAUUCCUGCUUGGAUAUCAGAUGAUGCAAGGGAGUUUUUGAAUCGGUGUUUCGUUAGGAAUCCUAUGUUCAGGUUCACUACAGAGAUGCUAAUGGACCUGCCUUUUGUGAGCGGCGUCGUGGAAGAAGAAGAUGAAGAUGAUUAUGAUGAUGAUGAAGUUGCAGAAAAUUCAGAUUUAUUGUUAUGGUUAGAGGAUCCUGAAGAGUGCAGAAGCUCUACAGAAAAAUUUACAGUGAAUGAGCAUAAAAGAAAAAGGUAUUCUCACUUCAUUCCUAUUACUGGUGCAGACCUUGUGUUCACCACAUAA